AUGCUCACCGUUCCCCUCUUCAUCAACGGCAGAGAUGUUACCACAUCCAAGACCAUCGAUGUCACCAGCCCCUCCACCGGCCAAGUCAUCCACCGUGCUGCGGCAGCUGGUGUCGCGGACGCCAUCGCUGCCGUAGAAGCUGCGCAGGCCGCAUUCCCAGCGUGGGCUGCGACCACUCCCGAUGCCAAACGCAAGAUCUUUUACAAGGCCGCCGACCUCCUCGAGGCGCGACUCGAGGAGGCCGGGAAAGUCGAAGAGGCGGAGAUCAGCGCCCGUCCCAGCUUCGCAGGCGGCUUCGAUGUGCCGAAUGCAAUUGCAGGACUCAGGAGCGUUGCGGGCGUGAUCGGGUCCGUCUGGGGGAGCAUUCCUUCGCUGAGCAAUCCCAAGAAGGAGGCGCUGGUGCUGAAAGAGCCGUUUGGUGUGAUUCUGGGCGUGGCACCUUGGAACUCACCUUAUAUCCUCGGUCUCCGAUCGUUCUCUUUUGCCAUAGCAGCGGGUAACACGGCCGUCAUCAAAGUCUCGGAACUGGCUCCUCAGUCCAUGGGCAUACUCGGCCAGGUGUUUCGCGACGCAGGCCUUCCCGACGGCGUUCUUAACAUAAUCCAAACGCACCCCUCGGACGCCGCCGCCGUUACUAGAGCCAUCAUCGAGCACCCCGCCGUUCGCAAGAUCAACUUCACGGGCUCCGCCGUCGUAGGCCGCAUCGUGGCCGAGCUCGCUGGCAAGAACCUGAAGCCCAUGCUGAUGGAGCUAGGUGGCAAGGCGCCCGCCAUCGUGCUGCCCGACGCGGAUCUGGAGCUGGCCGCGAGGGAAUGCGCCGUCGGGGCGUUCCUGCACAGCGGCCAGAUCUGCAUGGCGACCGAGCGGAUCAUCGUCGUCAAAGGCAUCACGGACAAGUUCGCCGAGGUGCUCAAGGGGACCAUCGAGGCCAUCUUCCCCUCUAAGGGCGAUGCCCUGGUCCUGAUCAGCGAGGCCGGCGUCAAGAAGAACAAGGCCCUGGUCGCGGACGCCCAGCGCAAAGGCGGGGAGGUCAUCUUCGGGGACGUCAACGCCGCGGAGGCUGCACCGGUGCUCAUGCGGCCUGUGGUCGUCAAGGGCGUUACGAAAGAGAUGGACAUCUACUACACGGAAUCCUUCGGGCCGACCGUCUCGCUGAUCGAGGUCGAGGACGAGGAGGCGGCUAUUCAGUUGGCGAACGACACCGAGUACGGCCUCAGCUCGUCCAUCUUUACCCGAGAUCUCCUGGCGGGCCUUCGUGUGGCGAAGAGGAUCGAGUCCGGUGCCGUGCAUAUCAACGCCAUGUCGGUUCACGACGAGCCAGCGCUGCCGCACGGGGGCGUCAAGGCUAGCGGGUGGGGACGCUUCGGGUCGCAAGGCAUAGACGAGUGGUAUAAGACAAAGACGAUUACUUACAUGACUUCUUGA